GAAGGAUUCUUGUAAAUUUGUUUAUUUACCAUUCUUGGAAAAUCCAAAAGUUGAUGAUAAAUUUAUACCUUGUACUGAAAAAUUUUGUAAUUUUGCUAAUUUCACUUAUACAAGGGAUCAGGUUGAUUUAAUUGUUAGAUUGGCUAAACAAAAUUGGAUGGAGGUGGAAGAUAAAGUUAAAAGUGUUAUCAUUGAAACUUGGAAAAAGAAGCGUGACGAGAGAUUAAAUAGACAACGAUAA